AAUCUAAUCGUACACAAGCAUUGACCAAAAAAUAUUGCAGCCAGGAUAAAUUUCAUUUUUUAAUUUAAAAUAUGGAAAAUAUUCCGCGGACACAUGAAGAUAUCGAGGCACAAAUUGUCGACAUACAAUCGAAGAAGAAGGAGGUGCAAAAAAGUUCCAGUGAUGGUGUUAGUUUAUUGGCCAGUGGAAACUUCUAUGACACCGAAUUCUAUGAUGAGGGAAAAGGUAAAAAUCGCUAUGAGGGUUACAAUACCUCGAUUGCAGCCAAUGAAGAUGCCGACGAGGACGAAGAUGAAGGUUUGCCGGUGGCACAGAAACGUGUGGCCUAUACGGCCCCCAAGUCUGUGAUCAAAGACAUUAUGCAGGGCAGUGAAGAUGUGGAUCCCAUGGCCGACCGCCGCAGACCCACCAUAGCAGAUCGUGAGGAUGAGUAUAAACAGAAACGUAGGCGUAUUAUCAUUUCUCCGGACAGAGCUGAUCCCUUUGCCGAUGGUGGCAAGACACCCGAUGUAGGCUCUAGAACCUAUACCGAUAUUAUGCGAGAGCAAAUGCUCAAGGGCGAAGAAAGCGAGUUGAGAAAGAGAAUAAUGGAAAAAUCCAAAGAUGGCACCCUACUCAAAACUGUACCCGACCCUCCAAAAGAAGGUGGCAGAAAACGUGGACGCUGGGAUCAGACUGUAAGCGAUAGUUUUGUGCCAGCCAAAGUGGCAGCAACUCCCAGCAGUGCUGCCACCCCCACCUGGGAGGAGGUAAGUUGUUCGCCAAGUCUGUUAAGGAAACAUUUAACAUUGGCUUUAUUUCAGAAAACUCCCGCAGAUCAUCGUUGGGAUGAGACCCCGGCCCAUAAGACAGGCAGUGAGACUCCAGGGGCUACCCCUGGUUUGGGUACCCGCAUGUGGGAUGCCACUCCAGCACAUGCCAUGACUCCAGGCCAUGAGACGCCGGGGCAUGAAAAGUCAGUAAGACGUAAUCGCUGGGAUGAGACGCCCAAAACGGAAAGAGAAACUCCAGGACACAGCGGCUGGGCUGAAACCCCGAAACCAGAUCGUGGUACCAGCGACAAUGUUGUGGCUGAAUCAACACCGGGAGCCUCUAAGCGCCGCUCACGAUGGGAUGAAACACCCUCGAAUGCCACCCCGACAGCGAUGACUCCCAGCAUGACACCUAGCAUGACGCCUCAUGCAACUCCAGGUCAUGCUACUCCCAUGUUAACACCUGGAGGUACCACACCCAUAGGUGUUAAAGCCAUGGCUAUGGCCACUCCAACUCCGGGAGCUUUGGCCGCCAUGACUCCAGAACAAUUGCAAGCCUAUCGUUGGGAAAAAGAAAUUGAUGAACGCAAUAGACCCUUCACCGACGAAGAGCUGGAUCAAAUGUUUCCAGCUGGCUAUAAGAUUCUGCCACCACCAGCAGGCUAUGUACCUCUAAGAACACCAGGACGUAAGCUCAUGGCCACACCCACACCUAUAGCAGGCACACCUGCAGGCUUCUUUAUACAGGUGGAGGAUAAGAAUGCCAAAUUUAUGGACAAUCAACCGAAGGGACAAAACUUGCCUUUUAUGAAACCAGAAGAUGCCCAAUACUUUGAUAAACUGUUGGUGGAUGUAGAUGAAGACUCCCUAUCAGCGGAUGAAAUAAAGGAACGCAAAAUCAUGAAAUUGCUGCUGACCAUCAAAAAUGGUUCGCCACCCAUGCGCAAGUCGGCCUUAAGACAGAUCACCGAUAAGGCUCGUGAAUUUGGUGCUGGGCCGUUGUUUAACCAAAUUUUGCCGCUGCUUAUGUCGCCCACACUGGAGGAUCAGGAACGUCAUUUAUUGGUGAAGGUCAUUGAUCGUGUGUUGUAUAAAUUGGACGAUUUGGUGCGUCCCUAUGUGCACAAGAUCCUGGUCGUCAUUGAACCCUUGCUUAUUGAUGAAGAUUACUAUGCCCGUAUUGAGGGUCGUGAAAUCAUUUCGAAUCUUGCCAAAGCCGCCGGUCUGGCCACCAUGAUUUCCACUAUGCGUCCUGACAUUGAUAACAUCGAUGAGUAUGUGCGCAACACCACAGCUCGAGCAUUUGCUGUUGUGGCCUCCGCCUUGGGUAUACCCUCGCUGUUGCCUUUCUUGAAGGCCGUAUGCAAAUCUAAGAAAUCCUGGCAAGCUCGUCACACUGGCAUCAAAAUUGUCCAACAAAUUGCCAUACUCAUGGGCUGUGCUAUAUUGCCUCAUCUCAAGGCUUUGGUGGAAAUUAUCGAACAUGGGCUGGUCGAUGAACAGCAGAAGGUACGCACUAUUACUGCCUUGGCCAUAGCCGCCUUGGCUGAAGCUGCUACACCCUAUGGCAUUGAGUCCUUCGAUUCUGUGCUCAAACCCUUGUGGAAGGGUAUACGUACGCAUCGUGGCAAAGGUUUGGCUGCCUUCCUGAAGGCCAUUGGUUAUCUUAUACCUUUGAUGGAUGCCGAAUAUGCCAACUACUAUACACGUGAAGUAAUGUUGAUUCUCAUUCGUGAGUUCCAGUCUCCGGAUGAGGAGAUGAAGAAGAUUGUCUUGAAGGUGGUCAAGCAGUGUUGUGCCACUGAUGGUGUGGAAGCGCAAUACAUCAAGGAGGAGAUCUUGCCGCAUUUCUUCAAGUUCUUCUGGAAUCAUCGCAUGGCCUUGGAUCGCCGUAACUACAGGCAAUUGGUUGACACCACUGUGGAAAUUGCCAACAAAGUAGGAGCUUCCGAGAUUAUCAAUCGCAUUGUGGAUGACCUGAAGGAUGAAAAUGAACAGUAUCGCAAAAUGGUCAUGGAAACUAUUGAGAAAAUCAUGGGCAAUCUGGGGGCAGCUGAUAUCGAUUCACGUCUGGAGGAGCAAUUGAUUGAUGGCAUUUUGUAUGCCUUCCAGGAACAAACCACUGAGGAUGUGGUAAUGCUAAAUGGCUUUGGCACCAUAGUCAAUCAGUUAGGCAAACGUGUAAAGCCCUAUUUGCCACAGAUUUGUGGUACCAUUCUGUGGCGUUUGAAUAAUAAGUCGGCCAAGGUGCGUCAACAGGCAGCAGAUUUGAUUUCCCGCAUAGCAGUGGUCAUGAAGACGUGUCAAGAAGAGAAGCUUAUGGGCCAUUUGGGUGUGGUACUCUACGAGUAUUUGGGUGAAGAAUAUCCCGAAGUAUUGGGCAGCAUAUUGGGAGCCCUCAAGGCCAUUGUCAAUGUUAUUGGCAUGACCAAAAUGACACCACCCAUCAAGGAUCUGCUGCCACGUCUUACCCCCAUUCUGAAGAAUCGCCACGAAAAGGUACAGGAAAAUUGCAUAGACCUGGUGGGUCGUAUUGCCGACAGAGGGCCUGAAUAUGUGUCCGCCCGCGAAUGGAUGCGCAUUUGUUUUGAACUUUUGGAAUUGCUAAAGGCCCACAAGAAAGCCAUUCGUCGUGCCACAGUCAACACUUUUGGCUACAUAGCCAAAGCCAUUGGCCCCCACGAUGUACUGGCCACAUUGCUCAACAAUCUUAAGGUGCAGGAGCGACAAAAUCGUGUAUGCACCACCGUAGCCAUAGCUAUUGUGGCAGAAACCUGUCGCCCCUUCACAGUACUGCCUGCCCUGAUGAAUGAAUACCGGGUACCCGAGCUGAAUGUACAAAACGGUGUGCUUAAGUCGCUGUCCUUUCUCUUCGAGUAUAUAGGAGAAAUGGGCAAGGAUUAUAUAUACGCCGUCUGCCCUUUGCUGGAGGAUGCUCUCAUGGAUCGUGAUUUGGUACAUCGUCAGACGGCCUGUGCUGCCAUUAAACACAUGUCCCUGGGCGUUUAUGGUUUUGGCUGCGAAGAUGCUCUCGUACAUCUGCUCAAUUACGUUUGGCCAAACAUUUUUGAGACUUCACCGCAUUUGGUGCAGGCUUUCAUGGAUGCUGUAGAGGGUUUAAGAGUUUCACUGGGCCCUAUUAAAAUUUUGCAAUACACUCUGCAGGGGCUAUUCCAUCCGGCGAGAAAAGUGCGAGAUGUCUAUUGGAAAAUCUAUAAUUCCCUAUACAUUGGAGGACAAGAUGCCUUAAUAGCCGGCUAUCCUCGCAUCACCAAUGAUCCCAAAAAUCAAUAUGAACGUUAUGAAUUAGACUAUUCCCUGUAAACGGGGUUUUUUUAAGAUUUUAGUUUUAAGCAUGUCAGAAUUUCUACAAUAGUUGCUCUAAAGGACUUUUGACUAAUGGAAAUAAAGUCAUAUCUCGGAUUUUCAAUUAUUUUUA